AUGACCACAAGGACCACCAAGAAGCCACUUCCGCUCUUCAUCGUCAAGACGAAGCUGGCGGAAAAGCUUCUAGAGAUCCAGAGGCUGGCCAUGCUCACGGUCAGCUUCGAGAGAAAGGAAAAGUCCACCGAGCCCAGCCAAUGCUACCGCUACCAGCGUACGGACACACGCAGCGAAACUGCCGUCUGGCUGAACGGUGCGUAA